GCAUUUGACUUUUUAGUACCCAAUCGACCCUAGAUUUGAUAACACUAUCACAAUUCUCCGUGUACAAACGGACCCUCGAAAUUGAGGGGCGAGUGAUUUCUCCCCAAAAUUCGCGACCCACGUCGCGUAUCACGGGAAUGUGAAGAAUCGAAUACGGAGGAAUUUUAGAACAAUUACUCAAAAAUAAAUUCCUUAUUUUUUUGCUAAGUCUCCGCACGACAAACCCGCCAGAGAUUUUCAUUUUGGUGGUUAAUCUUCUGUGUGACAGUGAUAAUAAAUUAACUGAAGUGAAACAAUCAGUUGAGUACUGAAUGUGGCAAGAACAGAACAGUUGGAGCAUUUAAAUUUAAUUAAUUUCCUAUUUAGCAAUAUGCUCCAAGAAACAUUCAACCCCAUAACAGUGCUCUAGCCCCUCUGAAUAUCCCCAUUUUGGAUUACGAACUUUUGCGGGGGGGUUUUGUGUGUGUGCAAUAAAAUAAAACAGGGAGAAUAAUUGAAGCAGAACGAGGUGGAUGUCUUGGGGGAGGAGAGGGACUUGUUAACAAGCCAAGAAAAUUAUGACACGAUCAUCGUGGAGAGCAGGAAUAAAAAAGGAAUCGACACCAUUGCUAGGGGGUUGAGCGGUACCACCUAACGAGCACAAAUACAUACUACAGCACGAGAAGAAGAGAAAGGAGCUUUUCGCACAGAAACACCCACCCCCACCCCACCGGAGCUUUCUUUCACGUCGUGAAAAUGAAAAUGUGGAAAUUGUGGCAAUGGAAGCAAAUUACAAUUGCGUGGACUCUCUUCACAAUCCUGCAGAUGCUCAUCAACCGAGUGCUAUGCUUAAAGGAUCUCAAGAUAUCUGUACCAGAAGCUGUAGCUGAUGGAGACACAGUGACGCUAUCGUGCCAGUAUGACCUAGAAAAUGAUGCACUCUAUCUCGUACGAUGGUACUUGGACUCUGAGGAGUUCUAUCGAUACGUACCGAAGGAAGAGCCUCCAGCGAGAGUUUUUGAGAUUGCUGGUGUAUCUGUCGAUAUAAAAAAGUCAGACGCCAACAAUGUGACAAUCAGAUCCCUGACACGAAAUCAAACUGGAACGUAUCAGUGUGAGGUGUCUGCGGAUGCGCCACUCUUCCACACAGAACACCAAUCCGCCAAGAUGAUGGUGGCAACCCUUCCGGACUCCCAGCCAGCAGUGUCAGUCUUUGGUGUGACAACAGACCCCACGGGACGGCGGGUUGUACAGCAGGGUGAACGCUUCAAAGCCAGCUGCAUCUCAGGACCUUCAUAUCCGCCAGUCAAUUUCACAUGGAGAAUAAAUGGUGUCAAAUAUCCGUCCUCAACGUCGGGCGUCCGGGACACCGGAAUUAUACGAUCGUGGGACACGAGGGAAACAUACUCUGAGAUUUUGGUGAAUGUAGACAACGUUCUCAGUAGAUCCCAUUCAAGUCAUCAAAAUCAGCUCUUUGUCAUCCACCCACAUCCCCGACGAAGUCUUCAUCUCCGAUGCGAAACAAAUAUCUUCACCCUCUAUCGUGGUGCUGCCGAAGUUGAGUUGGAAGUGAUGGAAGACCAUCCACCAACGUAUGGGGGCAAAGUUAGUCCCACGACAGAUCAACGCGGUGGCGCGAAUCGUGGUGAUCCCGAUAAUUCAGCCCUCACAGGAAGUGCCAUCCUCCUUGGGGGCUACCAUAAAUGUUUCAUCUUUCGUCUCAUUCUCUUCUGCUUGUGAUUGUUUUCUGUUUCUUAUAACUCCCGAGCAUUGAUCAUCAUUCGGGGGUAUAAAUUGCGAGAUUAUCGUUGUAAAUAUAGUGAUGUUGCAGAAAGAAUUACUUGUUCACACGCUCAUGAAUCUCCCCAAAAAAAAAGUAAAAUAAAAGACUAUAUAUAAAGUGUAUUUUACCCCAUUUUAGCAUCAUUAUAAAAUGCUGUGUAUUUGCCGUUAAACGGUGUGGGUUGAGUCUCUCUUAUGGGUUAGUACAUAAGGACAUGGGAAUCUCCUCACGAAUACUUUAAGUUUUUCACCUGAGAUUUAUUAAGGAACUUGUACGUGCAAGUGGGAAGAAUUUUGCACUGACAUUGUCAUAAAUAAUGUUAGCUUCCAUGUGAGUUUUCUCGAUUAAAAAGUUGUUAAACUAUACAGAAGUGUCCAAAGGAAGUGAAUCUUAAGUUUCUUGUUGAAGAAUAUCCUUAAAAUAAUCUACUAGAAGAAUUUCUCUGUUUUUCUCUACUUGUAAUUUAUACUUUAAAGUAUCAGUUAUCUUUUGAAUAGAGUAAUUUAUUUUAAAUUUUAACCCUUUUUCUUCAAGCUAAUUGUUCAACUUCAUCGUCAAAAGGUUAACUCGUAAAAUUCACCUGGUAAGAGAUAGUUUAUACAGCAUUUCAUUCUUCCUUUUGCAAAUGUCAAUUCGCAAAAAAGUGACAAAAAAAAAGAGAUAAUGCCUGUCCAAGAAAAGUUCCAUAAGUGUGGCUUUAUUUAGUUACGAAUUGUCUUUCUUCUGUAAAUAAAAUCAAUAUUAUAUAGUGUAACAAAAGAGUCAUCCCCCCAUGAACUACAUAUAUAUGAAAAUAAUACAAAUAAAUAUAAAUAUCAUGAAUUGUAUACAGAGAGAGAGUGGAUAAUGGAGGUAAUAUUUGUUUUCAAAUAGCACUAAUCGACUAACUAAUCCCAUAUUGACUUCGGUAAUGUAAUCAACAGUGUUGAUAUUGCAUUAAGCCCACGAUAUACAUAGUAAUGCUAUGUAUAUAACUAUAAGAGGGAUGGGAUAUUGCAACUAAAAAAAUGAGGAUGAUUACAAAUGCGAUUUAGAGUGUUAUACAUUUUAAACAUAGCACGCAGAAUAUGUUGUGAAUGGAAAUGAGAGGGUUGUUUGAGUUUAUAUAUAUAUAUAUUUUUUGGAUACCCGCGUGGAUAUGAUUUUGGGGAAUUGCAGAUUUAGCAGAUAUAAGCGCAGGUGUAUUUGAUCUGUAAUUAAACGUGAAAUGAGAGACCCAACAUGAGAGAGGAAGGGGUGCAAAUUACUGGAAGAGGGUAAUGGAAAAAAUUUGUAGAAAUUAAAUAAAAAAGAAUUAUUUCAAUAAUUAAAAAAAAAA